CGGGCUGGGACCCCGGGAGCCGCGGCCCUCGCCCUGCCCCGGGCGGGCGCCGACCCCCGCAGCGCCGACACGGUGGGCGGCCGGGCCGCGCGCAGCCCCGUCCCCAGGCCCGAGCGCGCGGGAGGCCCGAGGGAGUCCCGGCCCCGGCGGAGAUCGGGCGCACCGCGCGGAAGCAGCCGGGAAAGGCGCCAGGGAGGCUUUGGAAGCGCUCUCCGGGGUUAGGGAGCGCCGUCCGGAUGCUCGAGGCCAUCGCGAGGAGCGGCUUCCUCAGAGGGUGCCCCGCAGGCCCGGCUGAGUCAGCGCCGCUCUAUAUAAGUGAGUGUACGCGCCCUGCCUCUGAGCACUCGGACUCCGAGAUCGAGACCUCGGGGAGGCUGGACCUCUGGUGAGCCGCAUUUUAUGUGUCUAUUCAUGAGAAUACACAGAGAGGAGAGAAAGAGGCAGGCAGAGGCACAGGCAGAGGGAGAAGCAGGCUCCACGCAGGGAGCCCGACGUGGAACUCGACCCCGGGUCUCCAGGAUCGCGCCCUGGGCCGAAGGUGACGCUAAACCGCUGAGCCGCCAAGGUUGCCCAAUAUUGAGAGGCAGAAACUCUCCAGAUGUCUUCUAAUAAUGACCCAGUUUGUAUCCCAAUGUCACAAAGAAGCACCAAUGACCUCUCCAGGAUGACCUCCAACGACCUGAAGACAUCUACUGAAGUAGCCGUGUUAAGUUUUCAUAACAUUUACUAUCGAGUAAAAGUGAAGAGUGGCUUUCUUCUUGGUCGAAAAACAGUUGAGAAAGAAAUACUAACAAAUAUCAAUGGUGUCAUGAGACCUGGCCUCAAUGCCAUUCUGGGACCCACAGGUGGAGGCAAAUCUUCGUUGUUAGAUGUCUUAGCUGCAAGGAAAGAUCCACGUGGAUUAUCUGGAGAUGUUUUGAUAAAUGGAGCACCUCGACCUGCCAAUUUCAAAUGUAAUUCAGGUUAUGUGGUACAAGAUGAUGUCGUGAUGGGAACUCUGACAGUGAGAGAAAAUUUACAAUUCUCAGCAGCUCUUCGGCUUCCAACAACUAUGACGAGUCAUGAAAAAAAUGAGCGAAUUAACAAGGUCAUUCAGCAAUUAGGUCUGGAUAAAGUGGCAGAUUCCAAGGUUGGAACUCAGUUUAUACGCGGCGUGUCUGGAGGAGAAAGAAAAAGAACUAGUAUUGGAAUGGAACUUAUUACUGAUCCAGCCAUCUUAUUUCUGGAUGAGCCCACAACUGGCUUAGACUCCAGCACAGCAAAUGCUGUCCUUUUGCUCCUGAAGAGGAUGUCUGAACAGGGACGAACAAUCAUCUUCUCCAUUCAUCAGCCUCGUUAUUCUAUCUUCAAGUUGUUUGAUAGCCUCACCUUGUUGGCUGCAGGAAAACUGAUGUUCCAUGGGCCUGCCCAGGAGGCCUUGGGGUUCUUUGCGUCAGUGGGUUACCAUUGUGAGCCCUAUAAUAACCCUGCAGACUUCUUCUUGGAUGUCAUUAAUGGAGACUCCUCUGCUGUGGUAUUAAACAGAGAGGACCAAGAGGGUGAAGUCAAGGUGACUGAAGAGCCUUCCAAGAGAGGUACUCCAUUCAUAGAAAGAAUAGCUGAAUUUUAUGCCAAUUCUGACUUCUGCAGAAAAACAAAAGAGGAGUUAGAUCAACUCUCAAAGAGUCAGAAAAGGAAGAGCUCAUCCUUUAAGGAGAUCACGUAUGCCACCUCCUUCUGUCAGCAACUCAAAUGGAUUUCAAAGCGUUCAUUCAAAAAUUUACUGGGUAAUCCCCAGGCCUCUAUCGCUCAGAUAAUUGUAACAGUCAUCCUGGGAUUGGUUUUAGGUGCCAUUUUCUAUGAUCUAAAAAAUGAUUCUACAGGAAUCCAGAAUAGAUCAGGGGUGCUCUUCUUUCUGACGACCAACCAGUGUUUCAGCAGUGUGUCAGCUGUGGAGCUCCUUGUGGUUGAGAAGAAGCUUUUUAUACAUGAAUAUAUCAGUGGAUACUACAGAGUGUCAUCUUAUUUCUUUGGAAAACUGUUAUCUGAUUUACUACCCAUGAGGAUGUUACCAAGUAUUAUAUUUACUUGUAUAAUAUACUUCUUGUUAGGAUUGAAACCAGUUGUGGAAGCCUUCUUCAUCAUGAUGUUUACCCUUAUGAUGGUGGCUUAUUCAGCUAGUUCUAUGGCGCUGGCCAUAGCAGCAGGCCAGAGUGUGGUAUCCAUAGCAACUCUCCUCAUGACCAUAACCUUUGUGUUUAUGAUGAUAUUUUCAGGGCUGUUGGUAAAUCUCAGAACUGUUGGGCCUUGGCUCUCAUGGCUUCAGUACUUAAGCAUUCCUCGAUAUGGUUAUGCGGCUUUGCAGUAUAAUGAAUUUUUGGGACAAAACUUCUGCCCAGGAGUCAAUGUAACAACGAAUAAUACCUGUAGCUAUGCAAUAUGUACUGGCGAAGAAUUUUUGCUAAACCAGGGCAUCGAGCUCUCCCCUUGGGGCCUGUGGAAGAAUCACGUAGCCUUGGGAUGCAUGAUUGUUAUCUUCCUUACAAUUGCCUACCUAAAAUUGUUAUUUCUUAAAAAAUAUUCUUAAAUUCCUUUUUAAUUUACAUAAUUGAUUCACACAUUAAAAAGGGAGCAUCUUGAUUUAAGUAUUCAA